CUCAACAUACAACAGAUUGUACACAAUCAUCAUGGCGACCCAGGCUGGAAGUGAAGAAGUCAUAAUGGAAACUGAGGCAAAGCCAAAAGAAGACGAACAGCUCGGCGAGGAUGCUGAAAAAGGUGAAACAGAAGCUACGUCUCAGACAGAUGCAGUAGACACCACAACUCAGGACUCUAGUAUUAGCAAUGGGGACGACGCAGACGAAGGGCAGGAGAUGGUGGACUUGAAGAUUAUCUGGAACAAGAAUAAAUACGAUCUGAAAAUUCCUGUUGAUAACACCGGAGCCAAACUAAAAGAGAAAAUCCACUCACUCACUGGUCUUCCACCUGCAAUGCAGAAAGUGAUGUACAAAGGAUUGCUUCCAGAGGACAAGACGCUACGUGAAAUAAAGGUCACAAACGGUGCAAAAAUAAUGGUGGUAGGAUCCACAAUAAAUGAUGUAUUAGCUGUGAAUACACCCAAAGAGGUCAUCCAGCAGGAAGUUAAAGCUGAAGAAAACAAGAAGGAGCCUUUAUGCAGGCAAAAGCAACACAGGAAGGUUUUGGACAAAGGUAAACCAGAUGACAUCAUGGCAUCUGUUAAAGGAACAAAGGAACGAUUACCAACAGUGCCUUUAUCUGGAAUGUUUAACAAGUCCGGAGGAAAAGUUCGACUCACAUUCAAACUGGAGCAGGAUCAGUUGUGGAUCGGAACAAAGGAGAGAACGGAGAAAGUCCCAAUGGGCUCCAUUAAAAACGUAGUGUCUGAACCCAUCGAAGGCCAUGAGGACUAUUACAUGAUGGCUUUUCAGUUGGGUCCGACAGAAGCGUCUCAAUAUUGGGUCUACUGGGUGCCUGCACAGUUUGUCGAUGCAAUCAAAGACACAGUCCUUGGAAAAUGGCAGUAUUUCUAAUGUGCCUCUUUUUGUUGAACUGGGAUCGAGAGGAGGAGCCGAUGAAAAAUGAAACUGGAGUCAACAGUAAGGCUUAAGGAACUACUUGGAAUACAUUCAAAGGAAACGGACGGAUGCCUGUGGACUAAUCAUAUUGUUUUUAGGUUAAAAGUGCACUAUGUGGCAGCAUAACAAUUCUCAGACCUGUUGAUCAUUCAAGGUUUUCAGCAAAUCCAAGGGAAAAUGAUGAAACAAUUGUACAGAAAUUGCUAACACUUUUCUUCAGUUAUUCUUAAAGAAAUAAAACUUAUUUAAUGA